UAUUAUUUGGCCUUGCUUUUACUCCUUGGAAGAAGAUGUAAUAUCCAUCACUUAAAAAAAAAAAAAUCAAAUGUUUACUUGCAUUGAAUUGCAACAUCUCAUUCAGACCAAUUAGUGUGUUUUACCCUUUCCAUGUUAAUUCCCCCGUUCGUUUGUGACUCUUUUCUUCCUGGAAACCGAAUUUGUUUUCAAGAAUAAUGGUGGUUCAUCUGCACCGAAACUUCAUCCUGAUCCCCAAAUUCCAAUCUGUCGUCAAUCUUUCUACUUCUUCAUCAUCAAGAAUAACAUGCAGCCUAAUGUCCUCAUCAGAUCAUGAAGAAUCCGCUAGAAGAAUCGGAGAGGUGGUUUUCAAUGAAGUAAAAUUCUCAACAUCAGCUUAUGACACAGCAUGGGUUGCCAUGGUUCCCUCGAGGGAGUUCCCCGCCGAAAAGCCGUGUUUCCCGGGAUGUUUGGAUUGGGUACUUGAGAAUCAGCAGAAAGAUGGUUCAUGGAGUGGCCUUCAGUCAGCUCCAGGACAGCACAAGCAGCAGCUGCUUCUCAAAGACUCACUCUUGUCUACACUUGCCUGUUUGCUUGUUCUCAGAAAAUGGCGAGUUGGUGAGCAACUUCUGCUACAAGGACUUGAAUACAUAAAAUCAAAUGCUUUUGCUGCUUUUGACCCGCAUCAAGUUUCUCCAGUUGGAUUUGAUGUGUUGUUUCCUGGAAUAAUCAAACAGGCCAAACUCCUAGACUUGAAUAUGCCUUUAGAUGCGACAUUGCUGGAUCUAAUCCUUAAAAAUCACGAGCUGAAAAUUGCAAGAAUUCAGGGAAAUGAAACAGCGUUAGCAUACUUUGCUGAAGGAGUUGGAACAUCAUGUAGCUGGAAAGAGGUUUUGAAAGUUGUUCAAAGGCCAAAUGGCCUAAUUCUAGGUUCACCAGCUGCAACAGCUGCUGCUUUGAAUCAGCAUUUUGACUACAAGCUCUUUGCAAACUUGUGCAAAUUCGUGAACCAAUCCGUCCAAGGGGUACCUACCAUUCAUCCACAAAGCAUGUAUAUUCCCCUGAAGUUAGUCGAUGUGGUUGAAAGGCUGGGGUUAAAACGAUAUUUCACCCUGGAAACAGAAAGAAUUCUUAAUGAAACCUACAGGUCAUGGAAGCGAAGAGAUGAAGACAUUGUAUCAGAUGUAACCUGUGUUGCCCUAGCAUUUCGACAUUUAAGAUUAAGAGGGUAUGAAGUUUCUUCAGAAGAAUUGGUGGGAUUUGCUGAUGAAGAAAGUUUCUUUCGUACAAUAAGUCCCCAAUUCACUGGAAUGACUACCAUUCUGGAAUUGUACAGAGCUUCGCAAUAUUCCCUUACUUUGGGAGAUGAAGUCAUCCUUGGAAAGAUUAAUGCUUGGACUGGAGCAUAUCUGAAGCAGCAGCUGUUAAAUCAAAGCAUAAUCGAUAGAAGAUUACGUAUGGAGGUGCAGAGCACUCUGAAAAAUUAUCAUGGUGCCCUAGAACGUGUCGUAAACAGGCAAUUCAUAGAGCAAUAUAAUGUAGAUGAAGUUCAAAUGCUGAAGACGGCUUACAGGUGCUUCAACAUAUCCAACACGGAUCUUCUAAAUUUUUCGAUAUCAGAUUUUAAUGCAUGCCAAUCCCUUCAUCAGGAUGAGCUUAAACAGCUUGAGAGAUGGUUUGGAAUGAAUGGGUUGCGGGAUGUGAAUGCCCCAAAGAAUGUCUUGCAUUCUGCUUACUAUUUGAUUGCAGCUGAUAUGUUUGAACCUCAACUCUCCGGGGUGCGAAUUUCAUAUUCACAAACUGUUAUCCUGUUAGCAAUUGUUGAUGAUAUGUUUGACAAGGCUGCCUCAAGAGAAGAGCUGAUUAACAUUAUCGACUUGGUAAAAAUUUGGGAUAAACAUUCAGCAACAACUGGAAAUUGGUCUAAGAAAGUUGAGGUCUUCUUCUUGGCUCUUUACAACACAGUAGAAGAGAUGUCGGAGAAAGCUUUCGCUUAUCAAGGGCGUUGCAUUAAGCAACACUUGAUAACUUUGUGGCAAGAACUUUUGGAAGGGAUGAUGACAGAGGUAGACUGGUGGUGUGAAAACCGAGCGCCUAACAUGGACGAGUAUUUAUCCGUUGGGGCCAGAACUAUUGGAUGCGAUGUAUGCAUACUCACUUCAAUUUAUUUCAUUGGCCCUAUUUUAUCACAAGACGUAAUUACAAGUGAAGAAAUUAGAUCCUUGUGCAAACAUGUCGGCAUUGUUUCCCGACUUCUCAACGAUCUCCAAACAUGGGAGGUAAGUUAAACACCACCAAAUCACCAAAGAGAUUUUUAUUGUUAAUUCCUAAAAAGUGUCAAAUUCUUGACAGAAAGAGGUCGGAGAAAGAACGCCGAAUAGUGUGUCCUUACUUAUGCAUGAAAGUUGUGGCGCCAACAAGUCGAUUUUAGAAGUUACGACAAGUGUGCAGCGGAUGAUUGGAAGUAGCAGACAGGAGUUGCUAAACUUAGUUCUCCAGACAAAAGGAAGCAUUGUACCGAGAGAGUGCAAAAACCUAUUUUGGACAACUAGCAAAAUAUCAUUCCAUUUAUACAACUUCGCGGACGAGUUCAAUUCUCCAAAGGAAAUCAUCAACAAUAUUCAAUCAGUGAUUUUUGAGCCCAUCAUCCAUAUGUCCCAAGUCCCGGACCAAUAGUUAUUUAGUCGUGUUACUUUGAGUUUAUCAUCAAAAACAUACAUUUAAUGUUCGGAUUAACCUAUUAUGCAUCGAAUAUUUAUUUGAUCUACCUGCGUCUUUUGUUUUUUGUAUUUAUCAGUGCUAGAGGAUUGUUGAUUUUGGUAUUUUUAUUAGUUUAUUUAUUUAUUUUUU